AUGAUGCCGCAAGCAAGCCGGAACACCACAGCGAAGACAAAGUUGAUUUUAGACUUUGGCACAUUUCUCCACAAGAUAUUCCUCAAAUCCGUAGAAGAUGAUGACGACACCAUCUUCUGCGAUAAACUCCCUAGCAUCAACAGACACAUAAACUACAUCUUGGAGGCACCGAGCGAUCCUCUCCUAGAUGAUCAAGAAUUGCUGGAUUCGAUAGGGACGAAUUUGUGGAAUGUGUAUUACUUGAGACUUCUAAAAGUGGCCUUGGCAACAGCACGAGGAUGUCUAGAUGUUGACCAACUAAGUCUGUGUUUGAAAAUACUUGGGAAAGCUGCAGCUCGUGAAGAAGUCCUGUCAAAGCGAAAUCAAGGCAGCAGUACUCCUGAUGGCAGUAUUUGCAAAAGCUCUACCGAAUACUAUAUUUUGCGUAUGGUACUGUCAUGGCGUCAAGAUCAGAUGGAAAUUACAGAGCAUAUGUUCUCUAAGAUUGACGUGGAAUACUUAAAACAUGAUCCUACCAUGGCCGAGCGGUGUGCAGGAGUCACUUACGAUAUCGGAAAAUCUAUGAUAAUUCGAGGCGAGCACUCGUCAGCUGCGUGCUGGUUACAACGGUCCUAUGAAGCAUUACCCCAACCAGAGAUUGGGCGGAUUGGUGAGAACAGAAGAGAACUCCAGUUCGCUGUGCUUCUUGCGAGAGUCCGUGCAAACAUGUUUUUACAACACGAGCAUGGAGAAACUAUUGUUUCAAGUUUACUUGACAUACUUGAGCAAGAAUACGGAAAUCGACUUCCGGUUAUCCUUUUGAACCUAGACGUUAUCAGCAAAUCACCCUCCCCUGACAGCCAACGUUAUUACGCAAAUAUCCUCAAACAGCUUCUGAUACAGAGAUUGGUUCUGCAUAAUGACAUUUUCAUCCUGGAGAAGUGUUUUGUAACAUUUGUUUGGAUGCAAACUGCGUUAUCUGAGCUUACCGCUGGCCUAAAUUCGCUUUUAGGUUUGAUAGAAAAGCUCGAGGAAUCGUUGCGGAAACCCUUUAGCGAGGAAGCCGCCCAAGCAUCUUUAAUUCUCUUGUGGAAGAAGACCAAUAUUGCUUAUGAACGCAAAGAAUAUGAUGUUGCAGAGAAGUGGUGCUUGCUUGCUCGGCAUAUGAUGCUCCCAGACGCACCAGCUCAGGGACUGGGACUCAGCCUAGAUAGGAAAAUGAUUCUCUGCGCGUUGGGGAAAGUGGAUGCAUCAAAAGCACGUCAGUUGUUCGACGACAUGCCAGAGGCCUCAAGGUCUGAGAGUUUGACACAGUAUCUGCUGUACAAAGUUGCAUUGUUGGACAAGGAUACUCAAUUGGCAAUGGAGUGUCUUGAGACUCUUUCCAAACAGGGCACAGGAUCCGAAAAAUAUAUUCUGGCAUGCCUUGCGGAGACACGACAUAUUGAGGAUAAAUAUCAAGAAGUUAUCGCUCUACGGAUUCUGCUGGAUAUCCUUGAUAAGAAGUCGUUGGAUGGAAUUCAUUUGCCAGCACUUCUUCGACAUACUAUCCGCCUUCUCGUCUCAGAAGUGAGCAGUUCAGAUCAGUCGAUACAACUAGAGGUCAUAGAGAAUACUUGCAACGUAUUCGAGAUCGCAACUGCAAAAGCGAUCGAAUACUGUGAUCAGGAGAACGGGAGUCCCUUUUCAAUCUCUGAGAUGGAGUGGUUUUCUCGAAAUAGCUAUAACCUCGCCGUAAAGUAUUGUACAAUAUGGGAUAUUCGCCCCGUACUAUCUCUUGUGAACACAUCUAUUAAGGCAGAUUACUACCUUGACUCCAGAAAUUAUAUACAAUUCUUUCGAGAUGUCUUCAAUUGUGAAACCAAAAACUUGGAAGUGGCAGAUCGGAAUGACUUACUUCAAAAACACCGGACAUUGUUAGCGUUUGACUUCGAAGCUGCUGUGCGGUUGCGGCAGUGGGAAAGCCUUAGUGAAAUCAUCGAAGAAUCCGAAUCAUUCGCGGACGACGUAUUAUAUGGCACGUUUUCGGAUGCAAUGCUCUGUUCAGAAGCACCCCUUGAGAAUGCUGCACGGGUCCUGCAGCAAAUAACUACUAAUAUUGCCCGUCACGGCGAAGUCCGCGACACCACCAAACUUUCCCGCUGGAUCCGGUGUCAGUUUCAACUAUCCUUAGACUCCAACGUCGAGAUGGCAGAAAGCGUACUUGAGCAGGCCUAUGUGUUAGCCAGGGAGAGCCAUUCCCGGUCUGAGAAGGGUGAACACAGGGACCUGCAUAGGCCGGCAAUAUCCUCGUCAUGUUACCCAGAAGAAGAACUUGAGUGGCUUUCCACAACGGUUUUUAACCGUGCGGUAGAUUUCUAUACAAAACCAGAUGAUACUUCAUGUCGACGGUGGGCUCAGAAGUCGCUCGAUUUGGCGGGGCUGAUGCACGAUGGAGGUCUUCUAUAUAAGGUGCUUAAGGACAGGUUUGAGGGUUUGAGGUGGCAAUGA